AGCGCUAUGCCCGGCGGGAAGUAAACAACAUGGCGCAUGUUUACAGUUGGACAUCGAAGUUUGUCCGCGUUUUUAACACCGGUUCACAGCCGUAAUGUCCGGAUUUAGCUACCCAUACAGGACACAAAGGUCCAGUCCCUGAAUGAAGUAAAAUGGCGCUGGGUGACCACAAGGCUGAGUCCGAGACACAGGAGAACGGCCACGCAAAUGGCGAGCUGUCUCCUACCAACUUCUCCGUUCCUCCGCGUGAGCGGCCCAUGAUCCACCGUGCCACCGACGCCCCAUUGUGCGAAAGGUGCCGUGACUUAGAGCUGACGUUUUUCGACCCAGACUGCCCGGGAUGCCAGCUGCUUCUGCAGGACAUGAACCUGUCAGUCAGUCAGAUCUUCGCCAUUAUCAGACAGUGGGUGCCGCAGGUACAGCGGAGGAUAGACAUUCUCGGAGAGGAGGUCCUGAGAAGGGGAGCUCAUGUGAACGAUCGUGAUGGCUUGACUGACAUGACGUUACUCCAGUAUGCCUGCAAGGCAGGUGCAACUGGGAUUGGCAGUGUUGAAGCAGCAUCAAGACUGGCAGAGCUGCUGAUCUCCAAGGGCGCAGAGGUCAGAAUCCGCUCCAGAUGGACCAACAUGGCCGCCCUCCACUAUGCAGCGUACUUCGACGUGGCUGUGCUGAUCAGCAUGCUGUUAAAAGCAUCUGGCGGGAGAGAUGUAGAUAACUUAUGCCGAGAGUAUGACAACGGCACGCCGCUGCACAUCGCUACCACAAACCUCUGCUUCGAGGCUGCUCGCUGCCUCCUCCAACAUGGCGCUGACCCAACGAUAAAGGACGGAGCCGGGCGCACGCCUUUAGAAUGCAUUCCAGACACAUCAGGCCUGGACGCCACGUCAGAAACUGCCAUCGUUGCCACAAAAAUGCGAAUCUUGCUGAAGGAUGCAGAGCCACUGACAUUGCAGAAAAACGCACCUCAGUACGACAUGCCGAGCUACGAGACUGUAUCAGGGAAGGUGCUGCUGUCAUCCAGGGGGCUGAAACUGGGGGAACGGGUCAUCAUCGGGGGAGUAAAGAUGGGCACGCUCCGAUUCUGUGGCACGACAGAGUUUGCAUCAGGCGUGUGGGCUGGGAUUGAACUGGACGAACCUGAGGGGAAAAAUGAUGGCAGCAUCGGUGGGAUCUACUACUUCAAAUGUGCUCCUAAACAUGGCAUCUUUGCUCCCCUGUCCAAGAUCACCAAAUCUAACUCCCCUGCCACCACCCCUCGGGGCAGUCGUCCCUCCACCCCCCAGCGCCGCAGGCUCUCAGCACCAAAGAUGGACUUCUCACACGUCACCGCUAGGGUGGAAACAGGACUUCGGAAGAGGUCAUCCAGCAUGACCUCUGAGCCUGGAGAGCUAGAGGUCGGAGACAGGGUCAUCGUGGCAGGUCAGAGGACAGGGGUCAUCAGGUUCAGUGGGAAGACUGACUUUGCUCCAGGCUGGUGGUACGGUGUGGAGUUAGACAAACCCCGGGGGAAGAACGACGGCUCCGUGUCAGGGGUUCGUUACUUCAGCUGUGAGCCCAUGAAGGGUGUGUUUGCACCCCCCUCCAGGGUCACAAGAGCUACUCCCUCUCGUAUGGGCUCCAUGGAAUCUUUGUCAAGUGUGGGAAGUGACAUUUCAUCCGUCCACCGCACGGCCAGCAGCGCAUCCUACAGUGGCCGCAGUCCGCGAAGAGACCGGGUCCUCCUACAGCGCAGUGCCAAGGCCACCCCCUUCAAGAGAUCCCUGAGCGGCUCGGGUCCUGUGGACUUCGCCCUGACGGAGGGGAUGACGGUGCUGGUCUCGAAUAUUAAUGAGCUGGGAACCAUCCGCUAUAUCGGACCAGCAGACUUCGCUGAAGGAGUGUGGCUGGGUGUGGAGCUUAGAGCUCCAAAAGGCAAGAAUGAUGGCUCAGUGAAGGGAACCCGAUACUUCAGCUGCAGGCCGAGCCACGGGCUGCUGGUACGACCGAGUCGCGUGACGUGUCGCGGAAUCAACGGCACCAAGCUGCUGGGUGGAAGAGACCAAAAGGGCUUUGGUCCGGGGGUGCGAGCUGACCGCAGCAGCGUGGACAUGUCCUCCUCCUUCAUACAAUAGACUAGUCCUCGUGUAUCCCAUAAGCCACCUUGUUCAGGAGGGUUGAAGAAAACGAAAUGUGUAAACUGUGGGGUGAUUAUUAGUUAAUCUUGCUGUUCUAUGGAGUAGUUUAAAGUUCAAAUCGUACUGUAAAAUGCCAAAUACUUCUGACAAUCCGUAGAAGAAUCUCUGGUCUCACAACCAACAUAGAAAAUCACACGGUAGUCACUGAACCCGUUGGAAGAACAGCUAAGACUGACAGGGCCUUCCAGUUAAACUUAAACUUAUUUCAUUUAUCCGUUCAUAGCUGUUGUUGUUCGUGUAAGUUUUUAGUUAGAAAUGACUGCAAUCUUCUCCAGCCUACCUCAAGUCUUUUGUUUGUACAGAGAAAUUUUGAUUGUUUGGUUUUCAGUAGGAAACAGUGGCUUAUGGGAUACAUUGUGACUGGCCCAUUGUGCCCUAUGGCUGAACCUGUAAUCUUAUAUGUGUGUUCAGCACAUGAGUGAUGUGAUGUUUGAUAAAGACUUGAGUUUAUCUUCAUAUGUAAUGACAGAAGCCCAAAGAAAGAGUCUGGAUGACGGUACUAGAGUUUGGUUUUAGGUGUGUAUGAAAUAUAUGAUUAGAGUCUGAAUCUGUAACAGUUGCUGGUUAACAAUUCCUCAUAUAGUACAAUCACAGUAACUUACAGUGUUUGUUUAUGUCGUGAGAUUUUUUGAUAUUCCAUAUAACAGACACUGAAGUGUUUAAGAAUAUUUUGGAUCUGUGUCCUUCCCUUUAUAGUAGUCUUCUCAGUGAUUCAUUGAAAUUAUUGUAUUCUCAUGAACAUAUCAGUGAAGGAAAUUACAAAUAUGGUUUUAGUACUACUUUUUAUAGUCUAUCAUCCUGAAGAGUGAAGAAUGCUCUUGUAUUAAAAUUAUCAAAUUGAUAACAUUUGCCCAGAAUUGAUACUUGCAAAACAGUCCUCAUGCCAGCCAACAAGUUCAGUUCAAUAUACAGUCAGUCACAUCAAGGAGAUUAAAAAAACAUGGUCAUGGUCAUGGUCAUCUAAGGAUGUUGAUUUGAAAGUACUUAAUGCCCUUGAGGAUCAGUAUUUGUGAACAUACUGAACUAACAAUUAUAUUUUUCCUAUCACAUGAGAGAAGAGUGUUUGUACUUAAACAUGAAUGUCCCCUAUGCACAAUUUGUAUAAGGCAGGUGUACCUUAAUCCUGAAAAAAUGUAGCUAUAUUUUGAUGGAAAAAUUCAGAAUAUGUUUCAACAAAGUAUAAAGUAAGGCCGACUUCUCACAAUUUGGAUGAACAGUUUGUAUCAGAAGUGGUAUUUGUGAAUGGGAAUUUAGAGUAUUUUUGUAGUUCAGGGUGUUAGUUAUUGUUUCUGUAUGCUGGUAUAUGAUAUUAUGUACUGGUAGAUGUCUUCAUAAAUGGGUAUACCCCCUUUCCCCCAUGUGGACUCUGAUAAGUGUAGUUAUCCAUAUGCAUAGAAAGAUGGCUCUAAUACUAUGAUCCAACUCCUAUCUGACAAGCGCAGCUCUGUUCCUCUGAUGUAUAUAUUAAUAAGCAAUCUUGGCUCAUAUCUGUAUAUUUAGUAAGUUUGGGAUCACAGAAAUUCAAAGUAUUUAUUCUUUGAUAGUUUGAUAGAACUAGUUAGGUAACUAGACCUCUGUUCAGAUUAAAUGUGGUGAAAACUGUCCAACAUAGAUGUAUUGUGUUAUAGGGUAUUUUGCCUUGAAGUUAAAAUGUUUAAGCUAGUACUUAACUUUGUGUUUACUUUGUUCACAAAGUGUUUAGCAUAAGCAAUGAAGUAAACAGCUCUCAGGUGUAGGUCUCUUCAGGUAGAUACUGGUGAAAAUAUGAUGUGGUGGCAAGUGUUCAUAUUAAGAAAAUCCUGUUAGUUAGAAAUAGGUCAUAUUUAAGAUUUUAUUAUAGUUUCCCAUAUGAGACAUAGCUCAACUAUACAUGCUGAGUUGCAUCUUACACUAUGUCCUGUUUUGUCAUGAACUUAGAUGUACUAUGAUUAGAUCUUCUCUCAAUAACCAGACCAUGUUCUUGCCAUGUCCACAGAGCGUUUUUUGUCAAGAAUUGACAGUUAAGAUGAACUGUGUGAAGAUAAGCUGCCUUUUCUGUGUUAUUCUGGUAACUUCAUACAAAAGUGGGUCAAAUGUAUUUCAGAAAGGAGAUUUUGUCCACUACAUGCAUGUAUGAAACAUGUCUCACUGUACAAUCAGUGCCUGCUUCCUGAAAUGCCUUUUCUUAAAUAAAAAAAGAUAGAUGACAUUCAUGUUGUGGAUUUAUCUCCGUUGUCUAUUGCUGUUAUAUCACUCUGUGAUGCUGUCAACCACCAAGAGAUUUGAAAUACAU